AAGCAAUAAUAAUUCAUAACUCAAAAUGUCAUCAAGCCGUAUAAUUCGGCUACCCCCCUUGCCUAGUAUCAGGGAUUUAAUUAAGUUAUAUAAAUUACGUGCUAUGAAAGAACUUUCUCAGAACUUUUUAAUGGAUCCACGAUUAGUCAGCCGUAUUGUAAGAUCUGCUGGAUCGCUCCAGGAUUGUGAAGUAUGUGAAGUUGGUCCUGGUCCAGGCAAUAUAACUAGAUCUAUUAUUCAAAAUAUGCCCUCUAGAGUAUUAGUGAUUGAAAAAGAUAAACGAUUCACACCUUCUCUAGAACUGUUAGCUGAAUCAUCUCCAAUGCCAUUAGAAUUGAUAUUUGGUGAUGUGAUGAAUUUUAAUUUCGAACAAAUAUUCAAUGAAGAUUACAAAAUGGAAUGGGAAGAUAAAUGUCCAAAAAUUCAUCUUAUUGGAAAUUUACCUUUCAAUGUAUCUACACCACUUAUUAUACAAUGGUUAAAAGCUAUAUCUGAAAAAAAAAGUGCAUGGAGAUAUGGACGAGUGCGAAUGACAUUAACAUUUCAAAAAGAAGUUGCUGAAAGAAUGGUUGCUCCAAUAAUGUCUCAAGAAAGAAGCAGGCUUUCAAUAAUGUGUCAAAAUUGGUGUAGAGUUGAACAUAAGUUUAAUAUUCAAGGUCGAGCGUUUAUCCCUAAACCUGAUGUUGAUGUGGGCGUUGUGCGUCUUACACCUUUGAAAAAACCAACUAUUUCUUUGCCAUUUGGUAUUGUUGAAAAAGUUGUUAGGAGUGUGUUUAAUUAUAGACAAAAACAUUGUAUUCGAGGCAUUGAAACUUUAUUUCCAAAACCAGUAAGAGAAAAACUUGCUAGUGAAUUAUUACUUGCUGCAGCAAUUGAGCCGACUACAAGACCAUUUCAAUUAACAGUCACUGAAUUUGGUCGAAUUUGUGAAGAAUACAUGUCUAUAUGUAAAGAUACACCAAAUUAUAUGAAGUAUAAUUAUCGUCAUCCAAGUUCUAACUAUUUAGAUAAUUGGCCAGAAGUCGAAAUCAAUAAUUCAUCUAGUUAUGAAAACAUAAUAUCAUUGAAAGACCAAUAACUAAAUUCUGUAAGUUUAUAUCAUAGCACAUUAGGUUAUAUUGUUAGUAAUAUUGUUAAUUGAUAAUUGUGUGUUAUUCACUUCAUACACAUAUUUAAAUAAAACUAUAUUUACAUUAAA